AUGCAAGCAGCAAAUCACCUCCACAAAGCCCUGCACAGCAACACUCUUUCCCUAGGAGCAUGGCAAAUGCUCCCGGGCUCAAAUCUCUCUCGUAUCCUCGCCCGUAAAGGCCCAACAUGGAUCUGCGUCGACACCGAACACGGCAACAUCAGCGACAGUGCCAUGCACGAGUCCGUCGCCGCUAUCGCUUCCUGCAAUGUUUCCCCCAUCGUCCGCACUGUUUCCAACGAAGGCUGGAUGAUCAAGCGCGCUCUGGACGCUGGAGCUCAUGGCAUAGUCAUCCCUCAACUAAACACUGCUGAAGAAGCCUCGGCGGUGGUGAAAGCAGCAAAGUUUCCUCCACAGGGUAUCAGAGGGUUCGGAAGCCCAUUUGCAAUGGAGAGGUUCGUGUCGAAGUCAGGCAGCGGCGAACCAGUCUCAGCGGCCGAGUACUUGCAACAAGCCAAUGAUGCCCUCGUCACCAUCAUCCAGAUCGAAACCCAACAGGCACUGGACAAUGUAGACGCCAUCGCCGCAGUCCCCGGCGUAGACGUCUUGUUCGUUGGCCCCUACGAUCUAGGCAACAGCAUCGGCUACCCCAUCCUCAGCGAAGGUAUGCACGACGAGCUCAAAGCUGCCAUUGAGAAGAUUCAUGCCGCGGCAAAGAAAGCUGGCAAGCACUCGGGCAUUUACUGUACAGAUGGCGAUCAAGCGAGACAUUACGCGGACAGAGGGUUCACAAUGAUCAGUUGUAUGACGGACUCAUUGGCUUUGGGUCAAGGCGUGAGUACGGCAUUGGGCAGGGCAAAGGGAUCUUGGGGUCAUGCUGCGUUGCAAGGUGUCAAGCAGGGUGCAAGUAAGAUUGCUGGGUCGACAGGUGGCGGUGGUAGUGGAUCAGGACCAUACUGA